CAUCUGGGGAGAAGUCAGGCAUCAUCUUCCAAGGAGCCGCAGCAAUGAAGGCAUUAGUGCUCACCCUCCUCUUUCUCCUCAUUGCAGCCAAUGAAGCCAAAGUAUACUCCAAAUGUGAACUGGCUUCCCAUCUGAAACAAGGUGGCAUGGAUGGAUAUUAUGGCUUCAGCUUGAAUGACUGGGUCUGCAUGGCUUUUCAUGAAAGCAGUUUUGACACCCGAGCUGUGGGGCGGCCAAACAGGAAUUAUAGUCGUGACUAUGGGAUUUUUCAGAUAAAUAGCCGUUGGUGGUGCAACAAUUACCAGGGCCAUACAGCUAAUGGCUGCAAUAAACCUUGCAGUGCUUUCACAAAUGAUGACAUCACAGAUGAUAUUGUUUGUGCUAAGAGAAUUGUGCGUGAUCCCCAAAGGAUGAAUGCCUGGGUUGGCUGGAAAAACAAAUGCAAAGGUAGAAAUCUGUCUGAAUGGACUCGGGGCUGCAAUCUCUGAGAUUGCUGAUCCUCCAUUUCUUUUUCCCCUCCUGUGAUGAAAAUGAUGCUCCUUCUUACAUAAGCCACAUUUGACAACUUGAUUCUAUACUUGUACCUCACAUGUUUAAAAUAAUGGAUUUCUUUGCAUACAAAUGAUGAUUUUUAAAAGAUUUCUGGGUGGAAAAUGGGAAAGUAGCUUGCUUUUUUUAAACCCUUCAAAAAUUGCUUCAAUAAAAUGAGUAUUGUGCAUGUC